AUGUGGCGGUUGGGACCGAUCCCCGAUCCCGCCUGUCCCUCAAGCCGCGCCCUUUGGGAUCGAUCCCUGGUCCCCGAUCCCGCACCUCAGGCCGUGCCCGUUGAGGCGGAUCCCGUCCCUCAGGAUGCGGUUGUUGGGAUCGAUCCCCCGAUCCCCAAUCCCGUCCCUCAGGAUGCGGUUGUAGGGAUCGAUCCCCCGAUCCCCGGUUCUGUCCCUCAGGAUGCGGUUGUAGGGAUCGAUCCCCCGAUCCCCGGUUCUGUCCCUCAGGAUGCGGUUGUAGGGAUCGAUCCCCCGAUCCCCGGUUCUGUCCCUCAGGAUGCGGUUGUAGGGAUCGAUCCCCCGAUCCCCGGUUCUGUCCCUCAGGAUGCGGUUGUAGGGAUCGAUCCCCCGAUCCCCGGUUCUGUCCCUCAGGAUGCGGUUGUUUGGAUCGAUUCCCCGUCCCCGAUCCCCGGUCCCGUCCCUCAGGACGCGGUUGUAGGGAUCGAUCCCCCGUCCCCGAUCACCGAUCCCGUCCCUCAGGACGCGGUUUGCGUGUUCAAGGGGGACGUGCGGCGGCUCUCGGCGCUCAUCCGCACCCAGGGCAUCGCCCAGAAGGACAGUCACGGAAACACUCCUUUACAUCUUGCUGUGAUGUUGGGACAUAAAGAAUGUGCCCACCUGCUUUUAGCCCAUAAUGCUCCAGUAAAGGUGAAAAAUGCUCAGGGAUGGAGCCCUCUGGCCGAAGCCAUCAGCUAUGGAGACAGACAGAUGAUUUCAGCACUCCUGAGGAAGCUCAAGCAGCAAUCCAGGGAAAGUGUUGAAGAGAAGCGACCUCGGUUAUUAAAAGCCCUGAAAGAGCUAGGUGACUUCUAUCUAGAGCUUCACUGGGAUUUUCAAAGUUGGGUGCCUUUACUUUCCCGAAUUCUGCCUUCUGAUGCAUGUAAAAUACACAAACAAGGUAUAAAUAUCAGGCUGGACACAACUCUGAUAGACUUUACUGACAUGAAGUGCCAACGAGGGGAUUUAAGCUUCAUUUUUAACGGUGACGCCGCACCCUCCGAAUCUUUUGUAGUUUUAGACAAUGAGCAAAAAGUUUACCAGCGAAUACACCACGAGGAAUCUGAGAUGGAGACAGAAGAGGAGGUUGACAUUUUGAUGAGCAGUGAUAUUUACUCUGCCACCUUAUCCACCAAAUCCAUCACGUUCACACGGGCCCAGACUGGGUGGCUCUUCAGGGAGGACAAAACUGAAAGAGUAGGAAACUUCCUGGCAGAUUUCUACUUGGUGAAUGGACUUGUGUUGGAAUCCAGGAAAAGAAGGGAACAUCUCAGUGAGGAGGACAUCCUUCGGAACAAAGCGAUCAUGGAGAGCCUCAGCAAAGGGGGCAACCUCAUGGAGCAGAAUUUUGAGCCCGUGCGCCGGCAGUCGCUGACGCCGCCGUCCCCCAACACCAUCUCCUGGGAGGAGUACAUCUCUGCAGAGAGUGGCAAAGCUCCUCACCUGGGCAGGGAGCUGGUCUGCAAGGAGAGCAAGAAAACCUUCAAAGCCACGAUAGCAAUGAGCCAGGAAUUCCCCUUAGGAAUUGAAUCGUUGUUGAAUGUCUUAGAAGUCAUUGCACCCUUCAAGCACUUUAACAAACUUAGAGAAUUUGUUCAAAUGAAGCUUCCACCAGGCUUUCCUGUCAAACUAGACAUCCCAGUGUUCCCCACCAUCACGGCCACUGUGACCUUCCAGGAGUUCCGCUACGACGAGUUCCACGACUCCAUCUUCAGCAUUCCUGACGACUACAAGGAGGAUCCCAGCCGCUUCCCCGACCUCUAGGGGGGCUGGCAGCUUCCUGGGGAGCCCCCCAUCCCAGGGAAAGGGAGAGGCUGCACCCACACUAGAGUAGAGCCCUGGGUGGGGCCCAGCAAGGGAUGAACUCAAAGGGAACGAGCAGCAGUGCAGAUGUGCUGGCACUGCACUGGGCAUCAGCCCCUGCAGCUCCUGCUUUCCAGAGCCUCCUGCUGCCAUUCCCUUUGGCACAGCCAGUCCUGGCCCUGGAGCUGCCACCCCCCAGCUGGCAGGAGCUGCUGGCAGGAGCUGCUGGUUUUUAAAUUUUUUACACUGCUGGACCUUGGCACCGAGCUGGGCCCGGGGCUGGGGGUGAUUCCCCCCCGUCCUUCCCGUGCUCCCUGUUCCCUGAGCUCCCAGCUCAGCCAUGGAAUGUUGGAAGGUAUCCCCAAGGAAUGAAUGCCUUGGCUGUAGAUGAAUGAACCAAAUGGGCACCGUUGACACUUGGGUUUCCUGCUGCCCCCAGGGCAGAGCCAGCUGUGCUCUGCGGGGAGAGAGGCACCUCCAGAGCAGCAGCCCAGCCUGGUGCUGUCCCUGCCUGAUCCCUCAUUCCCUCCCUGCUCUCUGCUCCCUGCCUGGCUCCCUGUGCUUCGGGGAGCACUCCAGGGCUGCCUGGCCGGGAAUGUCACUUGUUGAUCCUGUGUUUGAGCCUCACUUGGGAGAGGUGUCCCAGAAGCACCAGCAGGUCAGUCUGUGUGUGCCCUCAGCAGCCUGGAAAUCUGGGAUGCACAGGGGAAAGCUCAGCCUUUGCCCCUUCCUGCAGGAGGAGCUUUCUCUGCACUUGUGGUGCUCGUGGGCAGCUUUCACUGGGGUGUUGCCACUUCCAUUUCCUGCCUCUUUCCUGUGUUUCCAUCACAGAGAAUCCCAGACUGGUUUGGGGUGGGGGGACCUCAAAGCUCAUCUUGUUCAGCCCUUUGUGGAUGUUUCAGUACUCCAGCUCCUUGAGCUUAUUCCCAUUCCCAGUUCUUCAGUCUCCUCAUCUACCAGUAAUCCACCUUUUUGGGGUUUGUUAGGCAAGAUUUCUGCAGAAGGCUGAUGGUGCUAUUUGUUUGUAUGAAGAAAUUUAGAUUCAAGUGCUGUGGUGUCAUUGUACAGAAAUGUAAAUAUUUUCCAAAUUAUAUUCUUUGUGCACUGUAGGUAAAACUUUUUCUGGAAUUCCAUAGAGUUAAGGAUCAAAGUUUAUAAUGAAGAGGAUCACUGAUGCUCAGUGGGGGGAACAGCUGUGCUGAGCACGAGGGACAGGGGAGGGCAGAGCACAGGGCAAGGUGUCAGGCACACCUGAGAGCAGGGGAUUCCAAAGUGCUGGAAUCUCUGAGCCAUCCCAAAGAGGCUGCUCUGGGGAGGACCAGGGAAUCACUGUCAGCAAAGUCCAGGAGCACCAGAGUGGGAGGGCAGGGUUGGUCCUUUCCCAGCACCUCUGUGAACCUGGGAGCACUGGGAUGUGUGGGAAUGGGGGAGCACUGGGACAGGGGAGCACUGGGACAGGGGAGCAGGGCAGCUUUCUUGUUAAUUCAAACUCAAAUCCAAAAUAAAACUUUAGGGAAAACAAGCAAAGGGAAAUGACUCCUGCAGUGCUGUGUGCUGUGUCAGGGCAGGUGUGGAGCAUCCUCAGGGAAUGAUGGAACUUGUUCUCUCAAGUAAUGAUGAAUUCCUGACCUGGUGUUUCACACCUCCGGGAUGAGCUGACACCUCCUGUGCUGCUCCUGGGAGCCAGGUGGGAUCUCUGGGACAGACUGGGAGCGUCCAUGGGGCUGAGCUGGACUUGGAUCUGUGCCUGUGGGGCAGCACAGGGCCCUGUCCCCUCCCAGGGGUCCCUUCAGGAUGUUUUGUGCAGCUGCAGGACCUGUGCCAGGUGUGGAGCUGAAGCUGGAGCCAUACAGGGCACCCCAUCCCUUGGGAAUUCCAGUGAAGGGGAGAGGUUCCUCCCCAAGGUGAAUGUCAGAACUCCCUCAGUGCUUCAGGGAGGAUCCACGGAUUUGUUUUUUUGCAUCUUUGAUUUUCCCAAAUGUGGGGUCUGGGCAGUGCAGCCGCUGCUGGAUCCCAAGGUGGAUCCUGGGCUUGGAACUGGAAAACAAGAAGGGCUUUGGGGGGGCCUCCUGUGGCACCAGCCCUGCUGGGGGCUGCUGGCUGUGGGGUGUCUGCCCAAAGCCCGGGGCAGGUCCUGGAAGUGUUUCCUGUGGUUCCUGUGGCCCCUGGCUGCACAUCUGGGGGAUUUUAACCCCCCAGGACUUGGCUGCUCCCUGGGACACUUGCAGGAAGGGUCGUUGUGCCUUGGAAUGUGGGCACAGCGUUGGGACUGUCCUUGUUCUGCUUUAUCCCAGGAAAUCCUGGCUGCUCCUGCUCUCCCUGUGGAGCUGGGGGAUGGCAAUUCCAUGGGUUGCUCCCCAGCUUCAGGGGAACCCCCUGGGCCCCAGGAGCUGCUCUCAGGACUUUUCCCUCCUCCUGGGAUGUGUUUCCUGUGCGAACAUUCCAGGUGAGAAGUUCUCACACGUGGGGACACCUGGGCAGGUUUCCACUGCAGGAAUUCUGUCAGAGGGACACGGGGCUGAGCCUGUGGAUCCCCAGGGGCUGCCCACGUUGUGAUCCGUGUUUAUAUCCAUGUUUUCUCCACUAAAACCUGUUUUUGUCACUGGGUUGUGUUGCAUGGACACAGGGAAUGUCUGUGGGCCCAGUUUGUCUCCGGGGUGGGGCACAGGGUCCCUCCCCUCUCCCGUGGCUCUGGGAAAUUCCUUUUCCAAGCAGGAUUGAUCCUCAGCUUUCCCCAUUUCCCUGAAAGCCAGGCCAGCUGUUGCAGGAGGGUUUGGUCCCUGGGAGGGAGUGAGCACAGAUCCAUGGAUGUGUCUGUUCAGCAGCUCCAGCUCAUCCCUGAGGCCUGGGAAUGUUGGGGGGAGCAGGAGCAGCUUCCUGGGCACCCCAGCCGGGAGCCAGGGAGCAGGGGCAGCCAGGUGGGAAUCACAUCCCAGGCCGCCUCAGGCUGGGGCUCCCCUCCCACCACAUCUUAUUUUUUCCUGAGGUUUUUUUAGCUCUUUAAAGACAACCAGGAAUUUUGCUCAACCCAAUUGUCCGACCUCACUGUGGAAGGAUCCCGUGGGUUGUUUCUGCACCAAACUCUUCCUCUGGUCUUCCAAACUCCUGCUCUGGUUUUCCUCUCCUGGAGCUGCUGCCCAGCCACUGCACUCCCAGCACUGCAAUUCCCCAUUCCUGCCUUGAAUCCCUUCGUCCCCCCAGGUGUGUUUGUGGGAUUCCUUUGAUAUUUCCUCUGUUCUUUUUCUGUCCCUGCUCCUGAGUUGUGAUUGCUGCCAGGAGAACUGCGUUAUUUAAUCCAGAUUAACCAAUUCCUGUAAUGCUGCAGUUUCACUUUUCUUUUCCUGACAGUUUGUAACUCCCAUGGAAAACGAGUCACCUCUCUUGGUUUUCCUGUUGUCUGCUCCCUGGUUUUCUCUUCCCCUCACUCAUAGUCACUUUGGGUUGUAUCAUUUGUUAGAAUAAAGAC